AUGAGUAAUAAGAAGGAAUUUGGAACGGCCAACGGAACGUCCUCCUCAGUAGCUCAGGUUCAAACAAGUUCUCGUCGCAACGUUGCUGGUGAUAUCUUUUCCACAGUUUAUUAUUUGAUGGGCAAUUCAUACGAAAACAUUGAGGGAAUGCUGAAACUUAUGAAACAUAAACAAGCUACUGAACAGCAGUCAAAAACGAUCCCACCAAAAGAGCAGCUAUGCAUCAGUCCAGNUUCACCAAUCUCUUCAAGCAGCCAAACAUCGCCAUCUCCAGUGCCAAGCAUUACUAUCAAACAACCCACCAAGAAAGUGGUGCAUAGAAAGGCUGGAGAUUUUCUAGUUCGACGUUACCAAUCAUGUGUUGAUUUUACAACUCUUUCGAAGGAGAAAAUGCACAAGAAGGCGUUAAAAAAGGAUAAAUUUUCGCUGAAAGAAAAGAAAACUCUACGAAAAAAGCACCAUUAUGAUUCGAAGGCUCAUAUAAGUAAAAAUUCGAUGUCACAAGCACCCAUGUGUCGACUUAUCGGUCCCGUUCGUGCGCAAACAACUGAGAGUAUUGUCUAUACGGAAUAUGGCGAUGCUAUAAUUGAGGAACGGAUUGAGCUGAUCGGCUACGGUCCUCGUGACAAAACCAAAGGACAGAUCCGGCUGAAGCCUCAGCAAAUGAGGGACGCAGACCAGCCGCUACCAGAUACGAAGCAAACAGUGUUGAUCGCAGAUAAUUACGUAAGGUUGAAUCGACUGACGAGACUCAAACGUCCGAGACGCACAAAACACAUAGCCAUACCCAGCAAAUACGAAGAAACACAACAGUUCAGCUCGAACGCAAACGUGAGCGAAUCAGCAAGAGCAGUUCGGAGCAAUACGCGAUUGUGGGGCAAUCGGAAACACCGUCCAGUGUUGACGGCACGCUCGGAUACAGCACUUAGUGAGAUGCGUAUUUGUAGUUUGACUGGUCUAUUGGAUGUGAUUUCGAAACAAGAAGUGAGUAGUGAUGGUUAUCGCGGAUAUACAAUCAGUGAAACCAUCGAACUCAGGGCUAAUGGUAGCAAGGCUGAGCCGGUUGAGGUUGGUAACGAUUCACACAACAUUUGUUAA